AUGGGGUUUCUUCUUAUCAGUGGGAUCACUAAUCUAAUCAAGAAGUUCAUUGUGAUGAUUGAGAAUCAAACUAAUGAAAGGGUGAAGGCACUUCGAACUGAUAAUGGCACAAAAUUCAAGAACGCAGUUCUAGAUCAUUUCUGUGUUGACAAGUGUAUAUUGCGUCAGUACAGUGCUCUUCAAACUCAUCAGCAAAAUGGUGUUGCAGAAUGGCGCCAUCGUACGGAGGCUGUUAUUGAAGAUGAAGAGGAAGAUGUUGUGCACAGACCACAUUUGAUGCCUCUUACGACUCCUAUGGUGGAUGAAGUUAUUCCAAGUACUUCUUUAGGUUCUCCAAGUCAAAGAAUCAAUCCUGAUGCUGAAGCCACUCCUCUUACUCCUGUUGAAAGAGAAUUCAUGACCAGAGAUAUUUCUGCUGCUACUCAAUCAUUCAUGAAGCUUCUCUUUCCUGAACCAAUAGAGAAUAAAUACGUGGCAAGCACCUGUCAUGGUUCUAGAUCAUCUGAGGCGGAUGAUUCAAUUGAGGAAAAGAACGUGGAAAUGGCACUAAAUGAGCCUAGUUGGGUUGAUGUGAUGCACGAUGAACUUAAUCUAUUUGAGAAAUUAGGGGUAUGGAAGUCGGUUGAGUUACCAAAGGGAAAAAAGACUUUGGACAUGCGCUAA